CCUCAAACAAAGCGUCUCCUUGGGGAGGAAGAGGAGGAGACUGGUCUGGUUGCUGUGCCACAUCACACAACACAACACAAUACAACACAUCGGUGAUAGCUGUGUAAACAGGUCAGACACACACUCUUCUGUCCCAGAGGUAUUCAGAUACUGUUCAAUGUAACUGUCUGAGGGAAGUAAGCUUUAACCAGGGCCUGCGGCCAUGGCUAAAGACCCGUUGGCAGAGGCUGGCAUUUAUUUUGAUGAACUCAACAAGCUCAGGGUACUGGAGCCUGAUGUAAGCCAGAAGACCUCAGAGCUGAAGGAGGAGUGUAAAGAAUUUGUGGACAAAAUUGGCCAGUUUCAGAAGAUAGUUGGAGGUCUGAUUGAGCUGGUUGAUGAACUGGCAAAAGAAGCAGAGACAGAAAAGAUGAAGGCGAUAGGAGCCAGAAACCUGCUGAAGUCAGUGGCAAAACAAAGGGAGGCUCAACAGCAGCAGCUUCAGGCUCUCAUAGCAGAAAAAAAGAUGCAACUUGAGAGGUAUCGCAUCGAGUAUGAAGCCUUGUCCAAGGUGGAGUCGGAGCAGAACGAGUUCAUUGACCAGUUUAUUCUGCAGAAGUGAUGAUGUGACUGAGACCCUAUUCAUACCUGGUAUUAACAUCCGUCCUGAGGGAUCUGAUCACAAGUGGUCAGCACUAAGUACAGGUUUUAACUAUGAGGUCUGAUCACUCAAACCACAUCAGAGGUGGUCUAGGACGCACAUUUCCAAAUUCCAAAUGCGUCCUCCUCUGCUGACAUACUCUCCCCCACUAUAGUUUCAAAACGACGCAAACAUACAUAUGCUUCUCAGUGUAACUACGAUCUGUUGCAGACUACCAUCACAAUAUUAACACUGACCACCACUUAAUGCCCAAUACUUUUCUUAAAUUAGUAAAGUAUUUCUUCACAGCUGCAUGAGAAUCAUUCAGCCGCUCCUUACUCCUCUCUCUCUCUCUCUCUCUCUCUUUCUCUCUCGCUCCCUCUGGCACACUCAAACAGGUUUUUCGAGUGUGUCAGACUGUGUGACAACAUAAUUUGGUCUUCUUGAUGACAUAUGAUGUAUGUGAUUAUUUGCAUGUAGCGCAAGGGAGUAAGAUCUGAGUCUUAGUGGUCACAGGAGACACAUUCAAGACAGAUUUUAAUACCAAGCGUUAGCAGGGCCUAAGAGAGCAGAAGAUGUGUGACCUGUGUGCCUGUCCUUUACUCUGGGUAAUACUGACCUCAGAGAACUACUCUGCUGCUCCACCUUCAUCCUAAAACACCUAUACCUUCUCUUAACACCCUCUAUCUGCCUGUGUGUUUAAAUUAACUGUAGUGGUUCUUACCCUGGUCAACAGCUGAGGAUUUCCAGUGGUGUAAGCUUGAAUACACUUGAAACAUAAGCUUUGUUUGCACCAAAUAUCUCUACAUCUCAGACCAACAUGAAAGAUGAAGCCAUUUAUAUUAAGAACUAUUAUUUAUAAUAUUUAUACUGAAGAAUAACCCUAAAUAUCUAGUUUUAUUACUUUUUGUAUCAAUCAAAAUACUGCAUGUGCAUGCAUUUGUAAAUACAUAAUGGUUUUAAACGGUGGAAAAACAACCUCAUUUGAUCAUCUGUGCGUUUUUAUUUAAUUUUUCUGGUAGAACCAGUCUGUGGGCACAAACAAUGACAAAUAUUUCCCCUUCUUUCUGCCAUGUUUAGUAUUGUCUUUUAUUCAUUAUAGGACUAAUGGUUAUACUUGAAUAAAUACUGUCAAUUGCACAAAAAGUACCAUGUGUUGCUGUAAAGCUGCCUGACAGGCAGAAGUGCAAAUUUUUACAUUGUGCUAUUAUGGAUUGUUUCAAUAAACAUGACUCGAUAUCCA